AAAGAGAGUGGUGUGGUCUUUUCUAGUCUUCUUCUCCGAAUGACAUAAUUCAACGAUGCGACAAUCCACUGGGGAAUUUCAGCAGAGGUUCCUUUACUCUGGUAAUCACUAAUCACAGUAAUCAGUAAACCCCCCAUUUCUCAUUUCUCAUUUCUCAUUUCUCAACAACCAAACACCUUCAAGAUUCCCUUCUACAAUGCUUCUUCUCCUUCUUCUUCUUCGCCUUUCUAAUUAAACUCACUCACUCUCGUUCUCUCUCCUCCUUAUUUCUCUCUUUUCACCUGGGGAUUCUCCAUUUACUGGUUGGGAUCCUUUUAGGAGACAGGUGUCUAAUAUAGAGUAAACAGUGCUCAAUUACUCCUCUUGUAAUCUAUAUAGGUCAUUUUAAGCAGGAAUACUGUUGUACUUUCUAGUGAACUGUGUACAAGUUAGUUUUUUCUAGCCAAAUAAUUUUGCAUUCUGAGGUUAAUAAUGGGAAAGGAAGGUCUUGCAAAUGGCAAGGGAGAUGUUGAUGAAAGUGGAAAAGAUGGAGCUCUAGAUAAGAAGUCCAAUGCAGAGUUCAAACUGGGAGAUAUGACGUGGAUCAAGCUUCGUGGCACCUCAUGGUGGCCUGCACAGAUUGUGGACAAGAAUGCAGUAAGUGGUAAUCAUAAACCUCGUAAAGGAAAAAGUGGAGAAGUUCUUGUGCGCCUUUAUGGAACAUAUAAGUACUUGUACAUGGAUCCCAUGACAAGUCUCCUGGAGUUUAAUAAUGUGCUAAAGCAAAGUAAGAAUACUCAAAGGGAGAUUUUUAGAAUGGCUUUGGAUAAGGACCUCUCUGAUAUACAAUCUGGAAAAACCAACAGACGAAGGACCAAAGCCAAAGGGAAUGACAGUGCACAGAAAGAGAAAUCAGUACCUUCUAAAAGAGGAUUUGAAGAGCACGAGGAUGAAACUCCUAAAAAGGCUGAAGGAAGUGCGCGGAGAUUGAAAGUGAUGCAGGAUCUUGGCCUCACAGGGCCUUCUGGGUCACCUUUUCUGAAAAAUGGGCAGCUUUUAUCUGUUGUGCAGUGAAUAAGUAAUUGCAACCUAGGGUUUUGUUGUAUAACCAUUGUGAAAAUCUUGGACCAUUUCUCAUCUUCUUCCAUGCUUUCUUUUGGCUAACAAACUUGCAUCUUUACGGUCUUGCCCUUCAUAGUGAUGAUAAUUUAGAAGUAGAUAGUAGUAGAUGAAAACAUGUAUGAUGAACUGGGUGUUGCUUGCUCAUGGCUGCUCUGGAAUUUGAGCUAUGUUGUUGUUCUAUUCUUUUAGCAGCUUUUUGUUGUAGAACAAACGAAAAGGAUGGGAAUGCUUCCGUUGUUGAACCCCGGUUGAUCUUUCGUACUUUCACUGUGUAAUCUCAUUCAUUUACUCAGUA